UGUGCUUUCCGCCGGAACUCCGCCCCAUUAUAGUCAAUGGGGAUGGAACGGCAGGACGGAUCCGGCAGGCUGUUCAUCUGACGGAACAGCCUUCCAGAGGUCAGUGCCGCUAGUGUGAAAGUAGCUUUACCCGCAGCUCAUUUCUUCCAAUAUUCUACGUGAUACCAGUGGUAAAUUAAUUUCACCUCUUCGGUACAGACCUGUAGCUCACAAAGGUAUAAUACCAAGGUUUUGUUUUGAGCUUGGCUAUCGCGGAAACAAGGAGUCUGAUUUAAGAAAAUCACUGAAUGUUUGCCAGAAAGUGAAAUUUUGACCCUUCCAAGAAAAUAAAACUUAGUUGCAAUUGACUGUGUUAUGGACAAUUACUGUUAUGUAUAAAGGAAGGUUCACAUUCAUAUAUUAAAGAGUAACUAAACUUUUGUGUAGUUUUUUUUUUAUAAACGUGUGCCUAAUGCCCUUAUAGUUUUUGUAAUAUACUUUAUUAAUGUAUUUUUAUUACAGUUUAGCCUCCCUAAAGCGCACUUUUUCACUGUACUUCUCCGCUCAGCGGAGUACGGAGAACACAUUUUAUGAAAGCUGUUACAGGGUACCCAUGUGCUAUGCCAGGAGUUAGUAAUCCUCUGGGGGACACGGGCAUGAGCAGCCGUGGCGCCAUUCAUAAAGUUUCUACAGCCUGUACUCCGUGCACCGCUGAGUAGAUUUUAAGCGCACAGGGAAAGGUGUGCUUUAGGGAGGAAAAAGUGGAAUGAAGUACAAAAUAAAUUAAUAAAGUCUAUUACAUUAGAGACAGUUUAACAAAAAGUUAUACAAAAGUUUAGUUACUCUUUAAAGGAUUCUUUCAUCGUAUACAAGCAAAGCGUAAAUCAUCAGAUGACAUAACCUUGCUCAGCUUUGUGUUAAUUCUUCACCACUUUUAACAUCUCUGCAUCCUGUUUGUGAAUUGAAGUCUAUCUGAAAACCUGCCCUGAUCUUACCUGAUGCUUACACAGCUGCAUUGUGUAAUAGUGCAAGUAUCAAUACCAGCCUGAAGUUCCGGACAUGGCAGAUUUGUGCUAAUGUUGAGUAAAACUGCAAAAUCAUUGUCUACUUUGUAACAGCUUAAAGGGGUUGUUCACGUUUGGGCAGACCUUUGUUCACAUUCUGGACAGACCUGAGAAAGGAUGUAUACUUGCCUGCUUCCUAAUGCUGGCUUCUACGCUCAGAGGCCUUCACUACUCUGCUCGGGUCUCUGGUUGUAAACUUCUGUUUUGAUGCCGCUGCAGCAAUCGUUGGCCGCAUUUGUAACAAACAGCCCCCCCCCCUCCAAUGUGCACAACCCCUUUAAUCAGUGUGUGAACCAAAGUAGCCCUGGAUAACUUUCCAACUACUGAAUGUCAACUUACAUUUAAUAGGGCUUUGCCAUAAUUCAGUGAAUCAUUCACAUGUUGUACACGGACAGCACAGAGAUCGAUUAAAUCCAAUGGUUAUAUUCAGGCGUUGCUCUUUGUUUCUGAGGACUGGUUAAAAAAAAAAUUGCAAAAAAUUAAAGGCGGCGUGUUCUUCUUUAGCUUUUUUUUUUUACUUAUUAAAGUCUAUGGGUCUGCAAAACCACUGACAGCACAUGGAUGCCAUCCGUGUUUGGAUGCUCUGGAAAUCCUCUGUGCGGCCCAGCAGUGAUCAAGAAAGACUGAUAACACAAGGAGAGCAAAAAAACACGACAGGGAACAAAAACGGAUGAAACGUGGACGUAGACACAGAUGAAAUAUGGAUGGAAAACCAACACAGAGAUGUGAAUAAUGCCUUACGUAGUGAUCCCACUUUAUUUGCACGACCACUUGAGGAUGGAGAGAUUAAUUUGGACCACGAUGGUCUCCCUAAAUCUCUUAAGUGUUAAUAUGUAUUGCUAAAACCUUACAGACUAUGUAAGCUAGCAUUGAUUUUAGGUGAUUUUUGUGGCUGGUUUAGAAAAGGAAUUUUGAUGGGUGGUUCUGGUCCCUGACGUGAUUGAGUAGGAGGGGAGUGUGAGGUGUCUGGGGUGUGUGUGUGCCUUCUCUCUUGAUCCUCAGCUAAACAUUUCCAUCCUCACUGGACAGAGACACCUUUGUUAACCCAGAGGCGGCAAGGUCUCCAUAGCGUCUCACCUCUCACACUUCACAUCUUCCCAGCAGUAGAUAAACAUGUCUUGCUCGGGGACCCCACAACUUGUGCUGCUCCUGCUUUUUACUGGAAUUCUUCUCCCUGCGUUCCUCACAGUAGGCUAUCCUCAAGCAGCUGCACCCACUGUUUGGCAAGAACCCCCAGAGCGUCCAUCUGGAGCAGAACCCAUUGAAACCACGCCAUCUGUACCCCUGUCUGAUGUCACUGGGGUUCCACCUGAUGCAUCUGAGCCAGACCCCACAUAUGAAGACCCUCUGGGUAACAGUGAUGGUUCCCUGGGUCCUGGAGCCGUUGCUGCGAUCGUCCUGGCAGCCCUACUUGGCACCUCUGUCCUCAUUGCUCUGAUUGUUAUCACGCUCAGAAAGUUCUCUGCUUCUUAA